CCAGUAGCAGCACACCACGGUGACAGCAUUUAGCUUUUCAGAUGUUUCAGUUUCUGUUUAAUUUAGAAACAUCAGGAAGGUUUUGAUAGCUAGGUGUCGCCGACGAAUAACUGGAAAGCAACGUUUUUGCUAUGUUUGCGUCAAGAGGUUCCCAUUAACCGUUAUAAAAGCUGAUAGCUAACUGCUAAUAGCUAGCAAAGCUAUCCAACGAUUUCGCCGGUACAGGCGGACCUCUUUGUCUGACAGGGGAAGGCGUGCUCUUUUGUUAGGCUUUUCCCUUUGUCCAUUCGGGAAAGAGGAACUAUUGGGUCAGUAUUUCGCUAUUAUCUGCAGCUCUAAAAGUAUUUAGAAAAUGCAAAUCGCGAAAAAAUACUUAUCGGAAGGCCUGAUUCAGUUGACGAUCUUACUCAGUUUGAUUGGAGUUCGUGUGGAUAUCGACAGCUACUUAAGCGGCUAUUAUACGCCUCUGAUAGAGAUUAACUUGGGUCCUAGCUCAGCCUACACCCAGACACCCUUUCAUAAUUUGAGAGACAAUCUUGACGGGUACAGUGUGCACCCAAAAUGUCCCGAGUUGGACUAUUUCUUUGCAAGUCGUCGCCUACUAGACGAGGUGAGGACCCUUGGCUCACCACGGUUCCCCACACAGUUGAACGCAUGGCUGGUGCACCAAGUAUCUACAACUGACAAGGCUGACUCUGGGCCUUCAACCAGCAACAACACUAACACCAACUCUGGGUUAGAAAGCACCGGGGACGAAGCAAGGGAUGACAGUGAACACCUGCCUGAAAGUGGCCAAGAAGUGUGCCAAACAUCCCCUGUACUCGGAGGAAGGCCUUGUAGCACUGGAGCCUGCGGGUUUCUAAAAGAGGAGGAUGAUGCUAAAGUUAAAGAGGAGGACAAACCUGCCCCGCUCGCUCAGCUGGCUCACAGUUCCACACUGGAACAAGAGAGUCUGCUUGAAGGCAUCACUGGACUGUCUGAUCCAGCACGCCAGCAUCCUCCUACCAUUGAUAUUGACCAGCACUGGAGCAAUUUACUGUCUCUGUCUGUCACCGACCUUGAUGACUUGGACUCCCUUGUCACUGAGCGUCUGUCAGACCUUGACACAGACAUCACUGGUGCCAUCAGCCAAGAUGUCAGUUUGCAUGAUGCUAUGGUAUCCAGUGCUGGCGUGUUUGGCGUGGCUUCUGAAAGAGUUGAGCCCAGGCCAGUCACCCAACAACAAAGAACCCUCUUCCGACUGGAAUCCACAGGCUCCUCGCACUCGGACGCAUCACCAGGGAUGGCAGUGGGACUGGCUGCUCUCCCCUUUCCUUCAGUAUGUAAUUUAACUGGGAAUGUGAAUAGUGCACUGGGUGGCUGUCUGGAUGAAGCAGUGUUUGACCAGAUCAAUCAGCUAGGUUUGGAAGGGCUGGACACUCAGCUGAUGGGCUCGUUGGAGUGCAUAGACCCACAGGUCCUCGAGGACCUGGACUCAGACUCCGGUCUCUCCUUGGAGAGCAGCUCUGGAGGUCCCGUCUCCCCAGGCUCAUCUGAGAUGUCGUCGUCAUCCAGUUCAUACUGUGAGGAUGAGUGUGGAGCUACAGGCUACAGCAGUGAGGUAGAUUCAGUCCCCUCAAAAGGCAUCAUGGACUACAACACAACGUGGUCCCCUGUUGAUCUGAGUGAGAGUGUGUGGCAUGACCACAGCUACUCAUCUCCUGCUUUCUUCAACCAGCCUUCAGUUACACUUCCUCACAAAGGUAUCAAAGAGGAGCCGCUCAGCGAUGUUGAUGAUGAUGGGCCAAGGUUUGAUGACCGGGAGCUGAGUCGUGAUGAGCUGCGCGCCCGUUCAAUGUGCAUCCCGUUCUCUGUCCUGCAGAUUGUCAACAUGCCUGUGGAGGAGUUCCUGGAGGUCCUUGACGGUCACGGCUUCUCCCCUGAACAGGUGACCCUACUGAGGGAUAUCCGCAGGCGGGGAAAGAACAAGCUUGCAGCACAAAACUGCCGGAAGCGCAAACUAGAUGCCAUCACUGGGCUGCAGGAGGAGGUGGAAAUGUUGCAUGCUCAGAGAAACAAGCUGCUGAGGGAGAAACAGCUUACAGCCAAGACAAUGGGUGCUGUGGGCCAGCAGAUAAAGCAGCUGACCAGGGACCUCCUGGCCCGGCUUAGGGAUGAUUCAGGACGGCCCCUCAACCCAGAAAGAUUCACCCUGCAGUGCGGGGCUAAUGGGAGAGUUGUGGUUCAGCCUGUAAGACGGCCUGCUGUCUCCACAUCAACAGGCAACAAAACAGACAAGAGGAAGAAGGAGAAAAAGCAAUGAUGCGGUAUUGCCACUGAGACUUGAACUUUUAGGUUUUUGGAUAUUUCUGAACUUACUUGCCUGACUCUGGUUUUGGGAUCUCCUCUUUGCAAAAGUGUGUGUGGAUUCACCGCUGUCGGGAGCCUAAAUAGGCAAAAGCUGCAAAAAGAAAAGAAAACUCAGAACAUAGAUGAAUAAAAAAAUGUCUGUAAAUAAAAUUUCUCAUGGGGGGAAAAAUGUAGCUUACACACUGGACAUUUUUUUGCUAAUUCUAGAUGGACACGGCAUCCGGGGAAGUUUAAGGGAUCAGCAAAGCUGCUGGCGAUGCCACCAGUCUCUCUUUGUGCCUGUUAACAUUAAAGUCAUUGAGUCCUAUCGUUUUUACAAACAAACGUAGACAACCAGAUGUUUCUAAAGUCAACAUGGCCAACAGUGACACUUACUGGAUAGAGAUAUUUGUUUGUUUUGUUUCCAUGUAAUCUUGCCUCUCAAUAUAUACCUAUUCAGUAUAAGAAGGAGGUUGAAGAUUGUAUUUAUUAAAGUUUCUGAAAUGCUUAUAUGCAUCAUGAGACUGUCGAUGGCAGUAUCGUUUUUUUUCUUCUCAUAAUGGUAAAUUUAUCUCAAAGUGAUGAGAAUAUUGGGACAUUGCAUAUCUAAAGUUUACAGAUUUGUUUCAGAUAUUUGAGGGCAUGUAUUGUUCAGUAGAAAUGUGUACUGAAAUGUUGUUUUCCUUAUGUCUUGAUGACAUAUACGAUACCAAUGAUUAAACUGACAAGGCCUUAAUUUGCAUUGGAUAAGUGUUUUGGUUAUUGUGUAUACACAUAAUCCACGGAUGCACAUUAUCAUAACAAAAAUGUUUUUAAGAGGCAACCACCUUUUAUGUUUUACAUUAAUGUUGAAUAAUUUGUUUCAAGCACUAUUUUUGCUUAACCCUUUUAAAUUACUGAAGCGUUUUGGCAAGAUUAUAUUCUACCUCACGGCUUAGUUUGUUAUAGAUAUUGGCUAAAUAAAAUUCUAGGGCAACCUAAAUGCACUCAUUACAAAUUCUUCAUUAUUGUGGGCCUUAAUGGACCUAAAACACCCCAUUUCUGGAAAAAGAAAAAUACAAUCACCAACUAUUUAAUAUGAUUGAAUGUCGUUUGGAUGUUGCUUUUUAUAUAUUUGAGAUUAUCUGAGAGUUGAGAUAAGUAUUUAGUAAUGUUUCCAUCUUAUUCAUGGACACACAUCUUUAUACAGCGGUCAGCUGAGUGAGUGAGAGUUAACUGGAGAAAGAUGCAUAAAGUUAAAGUGUAACUCAUGAAGUAUUUUUUUCCUAGUCCCUCAAAUGUGUAUUUAAUUUUCUGGUGUGACCACGAGUUUACUUUUGUUUGUAUACAUUUCAAACUGUUUUUCUUUGUUGAUGGGGGCAAAUGUUUUUUUGAUUGCAUGGUGAUUGUUGACUGUUGAUAGUAUGAUUUUGCUUUAGGGAAUUUGAAAUGCUCUUGCAGACGUUGUUCUUUCUGAUUAAAAAAAAAAAAGAUGAAAAAACGA